CUUCGUUACAAGGUCUUGGUUAUGGCUCGUAGAAAUGGUAAUCAACGGAAUGCAGUCAUUGACAUAGGGAAGGCAGUGAAUUUCACCGGCGGUCUCGAGUUCUCUGGCCUUACCUACACUGUUGUAGAGAAGAAGAAGCUUGAAGGGAAGUGGUUGAACGAAGAGGUUGACUUGUUGCAUAAGAUUACUGGUCUGAAGGGGAGGAUUUCCUUUGAUGGGAUGCAAAUGAGUGGAAGCUUGAUUAAAAGGACUUCUGCUUAUAUAAUGCAAGACAAUAGGUUGUUUCCGACAAUCACUGUCAAUGAAACGUUGAUGUUUGCCGCUGAUUUUCGACUCGGACCGAUUAAAAUGAGUGAGAAGAAGCAGCGUGUAGAGAAGUUGAUUGAACAGCUCGGUCUUUCGGUGAGUGGAAUUGGUGAUGAAGGAACAAGAGGUGUCUCAGGAGGUGAACGCGGCCGGGUUUCAAUAGAUGUUAACGUAAUUCAUGGACCACCGCUACUGUUUCUGGAUGAGCCAACUUCAGGUCUAGACUCCACCAGUGCUCAUAGCGUCAUAGAGAAAGUGCAUGACAUUGCACGCUCCUGUAGGACCGUAAUCCUUACCAUUCACCAGCCGUCGUCCCGAAUCCAGCUACUUUUAGAUCACCUAAUCAUCCUAGCUCGAGAGUACUUAAUUGAUGAGAUACAAGGGUAUGAUCAAUCUGAGCUAGGAGUUGAGGUGCUGGCUCAAUUUGCACGCACUGGCAUGAAGCCACCAUCACUCCCUAAUGAGGAGAUUUCAGUUUCAGAGGUGGAUCCUACACCAGCACCGCCUAGUAGCCGCCGCUACAGGAGAGAAGUACAGGGUGAACAAGGGAAAACCGGAGGGCGCCUUGCUUUGCCGACAAUUGCUAAUUCGGGAAGUGAGUUUGAUCAUAGUGUGAGAAGUCCUUACAACAACUCAAUGUCAUGGAGUGCUAGCUAUGGUGAAGUGCUGCACCAACUCAGAUUCACCCCUUCUAGGCAACGUACCGAUCGUAAAACACCAAAUUCAAUGGGCUUGACGUUAGAUUACUACAAAAACUCUAGCAAAAUCCCCUCGGGGACACCUCUGCCUCACAUCAGUGACUACACCGUGAAUGAAGACGACCAUAUGACCCCUCCUCCUGGGGCAACAAACACCAAGAACCUGCAACUUGGCGCUAAAUUCGCCAACUCCUUUCUCUGGGAAACUUGGAUUCUAAUGUGCCGCAACUUCAAGAACGUUCGUCGAAACCCUGAACUUUUUCUCUCCAGACUAAUGCGCUUCAUUUUUGUCCAUGAAACUUCCCAUAAUGCUUACCGAGCCUCUGCCUACAGCAUUGCCGGCCUCAUCACAUACCUACCCUUUCUUCUUCUCCAAUCAGCUGUAUAUGCUGCUAUUGUUUGGAAAGGCUUGAAACUCCGUGGAACCUUCUAUUAUUUCUUGCUUGUGCUCUACGUUUCCCCCCUUUCGACAAACUCUUUUGUUGUGUUUGUGAGCUCGGUAGUACCAAACUGCAUUCUAGGUUAUGCUGCUGUCAUUGCCUUCACUGCUCUGUUCUUCCUGUUCUGUGGCUACUUCUUGAACAGCUAUGAUAUUCUGGUGUGGUGGAAAUGGAUGAACAAGUUUUCCACCAUGACAUAUCCAUACGAAGGGCUUCUGAUGAACUAGUAUCAGACCGAGAUCGUCUUUGGAAAAGAUCUUAAUGGGGGGAAUGUGACUGGGACUCAAAUCUUGAAUUCAUUGCAUGUCAGUGCCGAUUAAUUCAAAAAGUGGGAAAAUGUACUUAUAAUGCUAGGUUGGGCUGCUUUCUACAGGAUUUGUUUUUAUCUAAUUCUUCGAUUCGCAUUGAAGAACCAGAGAUCAUAGCAAAAUCAUAGAGGAAAAUGAUGCUGCUUGGCUGAAAUCUGCCUUCUUUCUUCUUCUUUUUUCAUGCUAAUUUAAGUGCUGCUGAAUUUGCUUAAAAUCAUAAUACAAUGCAGGUUUAGAC